AUGCCGCCCCAACAGCGGCAUGAUACGCCUCCCACAGCUGUGAGAGCUGGAUUCACACAAAAACCUCGGGGGAUUGGUUUUAUAGCUCCUCACACUCCUCAAGAGUACAGAUCACCUUACUCUCGUCGUGCUGGUUUCUUCCCACAGCCAAUACGUGGGCAUCGAGGUGGAACAAAUAGGCAAGGUGUGGCUACCGGCGUUGAGCCUUAUUCGAUGCGCCAAAGCUAUCCACCCACAAUGCGACCGCCUACAGUUUGGCGGGGUAAUCGGGGACAUCAGUAUGGAUCAAGAGAAGGUCCGUCAUACAAAAACCUACCACCAUAUCGUCGUUUUUAA